AUGGAUGAGUAUAUUUAUGUAAGUCAUUUUUCCUGUUUUCAAAACCCAUAUAUUUUAUAUUUGCAGCCCUACAACACUUCGUGGUUCGAUUUACCAUUGGAAAUGCGCGAACAUGUUAUAAAACAAAUGGAUUUUAGAACAAGAUGUCGAUUUUCUGACUGUUCGACGAUUUGUGAAUCAGAAGCAAUUCAGGAAAGAUUGUUUAGCAUUUGGAGUAUUGAAUUUGAUGAAAGUGUUGACGGUGUACUCGAAAUCCAAGUCGCGGAAAGUUUUGAUGAUCGGGAAAGGUUUCCGACAUUUAAAUUUGAAAAAUUGGAUGAACAUCGAACCAUUGUCAAAUAUCUGGAGUAAGCAUUCAAUUUUCUUCAAAAGGUUGAGCUUUAUGAUCUCUUUAUUCAGAAACAUAUGGAACAAUGAAUUUUCAACAACUAUUGCCAAUGGGAGUCCAACACAAGUCAGAGCAAAAUAUGCAAAUUAUUUUUUCGGGAAGUUUCAGGAUUCAAUUGAUUAUUGUACGGUUGUUGUAAGUACUUUUUUUUUGGUUCUUGUAAAACGAAAAGUUUUGUUAACAGGAUCGUCAUGAAGUCACAACACUCGAAGGAAUCAAAUUUCCAUUUCUGAACCUUGACCAAUUUAUUUGUUCCUUUGACAUCAAAAAUUGGGAGUAUUUCCAUCAGAAUGGUAUUUUCGAGUUAGAAGAAGUGAGAAUCUGAUGUUAUUUCACCUACAAUAUUCAAUUUUGCAGAUGCGAUACAUUGAUUAUUUGGAAUUGAGUGCUUCGAUGAGAAUCGCCUUCGAUUUCGCACUCAAAUAUAAAGGCGGAUUCGCAGAAUUUCAUUGUGAAGAUUUUGAUCAACAAAUCAUUGAUGAUUAUUUGUCUCGCGUGAAAAUUGAAGGAAUGCAUGAAGAAUCAAUGAUAACAGUGUCAUUUGCUUCGAGAAGACUUGGCUUCACAAUCGAUGUUCAAAAAUUGGCGCCAAUCAAAACUUGGCAAGAAAAACAUCAUUGUUAUAGCGCAAUAUGUAAAAAUGUUGUUAUUGAGACAGAAUCUGGAGGUCAAAAAAUACACAUAAUCUAUUAUGAUACUUUUAUUCAAUUGAAAAUCAAAAAAGACUGA